ACCCAAGAUGGCGGCGCCCUGCGCUUUUGAGCCUUGGCUUGAGAGUCGUCUCGAGGCCCUUGGAUUAGAUGGAGAUGUAUACGGUGGAUAUAUACGAGGCGUAUUAAGGGAAGCGGAGUGCGAUGCAGAGCGGCUGGAAGGUCUAGCAGGGGCCUUGGCUGCGGGGGAACCGGAUGAAGAUGUAUUACAAGAAGUUUGUAAAGAAAUAAUUAAAAAAUGGUCAGAGGCCCAAGAUAUUGAAAUCAGCGAGAAGAAAGAAGAUGAUAUCCAAGCCAUCACAAACAUAAUUGAAAAGCAGGCACAAAUUGUUGUGAAACCUAAAGAGGUCUUGAAGGAGGAUACACUUCAGAAAGCUGCUCUCCUGGCACAAUAUGCUGAAGUAACAGAUGAUGAGGAUGAAGUAAAUGUACAUGAAGAUUUGGGAGCAGCAGCAAUGCCUAUUGCUUCUAACAAAUCCUUGUUCAAAAAUACAAACCUGGAAGAUGUUAUGAAUGCUCGUAAGCUGGAGAGAGAACAUCUACGUGAUGAAUCCCAGCAAAAGAAAGAGCGGGACAAACUUCAGCGGGAGAAAGACAAGCUGACUAAGCAAGAACGCAAGGAGAAAGAGAAGAAGAGAACACAAAAAGGCGAGAGGAAACGGUAGCCAAGAACAGCUGCUGGACUUUCUUCCCCUCCAUUAUCUGAAACAUGGCACAGCAUGCACAUUUAGCCAGAAUGAUCAAGCAGAGAGAAGCUUUUUGAACAUUUUUCUUUGUUUUUCCAAAGCAGCAGCAUGUACUUGGCAAGAUUUGCAUGGAGAGGGAAUGUUUUCUCUCUCAUGAUAAAAACUUUGAUUUAAAUUUUUGUGUAUACAAUUUUGCUGUCCAAGAAUUUGGCUGAAUUGCCAUAGCCAAGAUCUAUAACCAAAGAAUUGGUGACUUUUUGUUUUUCUUGUUAUUUUCUGCUCUUAUUAAAUAUUUUCUUGAAAACUGUAAAGUUAAGGAACUUCUGUAAUAUUCAGUCUACCUAAAGGUAGUAGAAUUGUUGAGGAAAAAUCCAGUUUGCUACAUGUAUUUGUCAAGAAGAGAUAACAAGCCAUGAUGAGUGUAUAAGGUUGGAUUUAGCACAAUGCUAUAAACAUCUGACAUCGAUAUGAGACAACAUAUUUCAUUUGUUCAGGAUUGGCCUAAUAAAUGUGUGUGUGAGCCUUGAGCAAAGCUGUACUGUUGCUACCUUAGGUAAAGCGCUAUGAAUUUAAUUGGCACAUUACAUGGUUCACUUCUUGCUCCAUACAUUCUUUAUAAUCUACCAUAUUUAUCGCAAAGACUACUAAAUUCAAGAUGAUUUCUAUCACUCUCUGCAAAGAUCCUUAAUAUUUAUAAGAUAAUGAUAAUUUUUAGCAAAUAUCAGAUAACUCUUCCAUUUUAGAGGGAAAGUAAUUUGGAACAAAAAAAUGUUUCCUUUUAUAGGAAGAGAGUUGUGUUUGUAGUACUGAAGUCCCGGCUGUAAUGCAGAAGCAUAGUCACCUUAAUUACAUGGGACCUAAGUUACUGCCUUUACUUUCCUCUUUAUUCUAAUAGAUGCUCCCAAAUCUUCUUUUAUCCUGCUAUUUAUCCUAUUGUUUUAUAGUGUUAGUACAGCAUCAACAUUUCAGUACCCAGGAUUCUGGCUACUUGAUUCCAAACUUGAUACAAUAAAUAUUAUCCUUGUUUGAGGCAGUCACUCU